AUGUUUAUUUCAAAUUAUAUCGUUGAUGAGACCGUCAAUCGGUCCUUGCUCAAGCAUGGCAGCCGCGUCAUUACAGUCAAAACCAACUCGGCCAUGUCGGAGCGGAGCUUUGUGACAGGCCUUUUGUCAAGCCAAGGCAGUCGACACAUCAAUCUGGAAAAUAUCUCCAGUCUGGAAGGUCUCAAAUCACGCGUUGGAGAGCUCUUUGGCAUAGUCGAACCACGAGAAACCACUUUCCACGACCGGGAUGGCAUGCAGCUUCACUCCCUUCGCGAUAUUUCAAAGUGCAAGUCCAGCAUUGAGAUCCGCAUCGCCAAGGUUCCCAUCCAUCUUCCUCCAGGUCCCGAUCCUCUCCCGUUGGUUGGCAACCGCCUGGAGCUGUACCCAGACAUUCUCGGCAAUGUGGACCGUUUAUGCGCCCGAUAUGGCGGCGUGAUCAAGACGGACAACAUGGGGGUGGUUACCUACUACACCAACGACCCGGUUAUCGCGCGCCACGUCUUGCGCGAGGGCGAAUUCUUCACCAAGAAAACCUCCGACCCAGCGCACCCGCUGCACUUCAUGUCCAACCAAGAAGCCCUGUUCAGUUGCGACAGCGAUUCGCCAGCCUUUGGUCCCUCGCACCGCUUCAUUCCGCCAUGCAUGGCCCCCAAGGCCGUCCGCCAUUAUACGCCGUCGGUGCAGCGGUGCAUCGAGAGGGCCUUUUACGUCCUGGACGCCAUGUCGGACGGCUCACUCGCCUUCAACGUCUACCAGUACAUGUUUAAACUCGCUGGGCAAGUGAUCUGGAAAACCGUCUUCAACGCCGACCUAGGCCAUUUUGACAGCAUCGACGCCAAGCCCUACAAAACCAUCCACCACCUCGGCCAAUACCUCGCGCUGAUGAAGAGGGUCUCGCUCAGGCCGCCGUGGUACGGCCACCUGCCGUUCGGGGACCCGCGGCGAAUGCGCGAGGCACGCGACCUCGUCUGGGCCGGCGUCGGCGAGGCCAUCGAACGUGGCUCGACUGGCGGCAAAGACCUGCCGCUGCAUGAAGCGGCGCUGCACGCGACCUGCCUGGCCGAUUAUUUGCAAAGGGCGGUGGACGGUGAGGGCAAAAAACUGCCGCGCGAAUUCUUGGUCAGCAACUGCGUAAUCCUGUUCGGGGCCGGGUUUGUCACUUCGUCGUCGUUGUUGUCGUGGUGCAUAUACGCGUUGUGUCAGUACGACGGGGUCCAGGAGAGGCUUUUGCAAGAGCUGGUGGAUCAUGGUGCCGCGCAGGGCAAAGCCUGGACGAUGGAUGAGUUGAAUGCCAUGCCGUAUUUGGACCGGUUUAUUAAAGAAACGCAAAGGAUGCACAACCCAUCGUUCCAGACGGCACGAAAUGCCCGACGGGACGUUGUACUCCCCGGGGGUAUCAUGAUCCCCGAAGGAUCGGUCGUCAUACCUACGUUCCCCUCGCUGCACAGGAAUCCAGCCUACUGGGACAACCCCACAAGGUUUGAUCCAGACAGGUGGGACACCGAGGUCGUGAAACAGCUGCCCCGGUCCGCUUACACGCCGUUUGCGGCCGGGUCCAGGGGCUGCAUCGGGUUUAGCCUGGCGUUGUUGGAGGUCAAGAUGGCGAUGGCGUUGCUGGUUUAUCGAUACGAAUUUUCCGAUGCCAGUUUGGAGCCCGUGGUUUAUGAUCCCGAGUUUUUGGUUGUCCGUCCGGUGAAUUUCUACGCGAUAGCGAAGAGACGGACCAGUUGGCCUCGGCCAAGUUCAAAAGGCAUGGAUGAUUGA